CCAAAAAUCCAUUUAGCCCAUAAUUCCGUUUCCAGUGACAACCAAGUAGAAGCUUCUAAGAAAGUUCACAAGAAAGCAGGGCCUUCCUGGCUGUUCCUACUCCACCCUAUAUGAUCCUCUGAGGUAUACUGCCUUGACAAAUGGAGGUUCAGAUCAGCUAUAAUAAGAGCCAGUGGGGGGGGCACUUAUCUCUAGUUUCGACAAUCUGCUUUCCACAGAAGCCUUCAUCAAGGCAUGAAGGCAUGAAGGAGAUGGCCUGCUUCCCUCUUGACCGAACACAGUGUCAGCUGAGAACACCCCAGAGUAAGAUGGUGAACAUCAGAGAUUUGCCGGAAGACAUUCUGAUUGACGUGUUGCGCCUGGUCCCUGCCAGGGAGCUAGUUCUCCGCUGCCGCCUCGUUUGCUUGCUGUGGCGCGACUUGGUGGACCUCCCUUCGCUGUGGAAGCGAAAGUGUUACCUUGAAGGGUUCCACCCCCGUGCACCGGACAGGAAUGUUCCUGACUGGAGGAUAUUCUACUUCCUCUCCACCCUGCGGAAGAACUUAAUUCAGAACCCUUGUGCCGAAGCGGGCUUCAACUCCUGGAAAAUUGAACAGAAUGGAGGGGACAAGUGGAAGAUUGAGGACCUUCCUGGAAGCCAUGGGAGGGAAUUUCCUGACCCGCACGUCCACAAAUACUUUGUGACAUCUUACAGGCUCUGUCUCAAAAACCAGCUUGUUACCUUAAAGAAUCACGGCUACUGGGAUGAGCUGAUGGACGAGGUCAAGCCAGCUAUUGUGGUGAAGGAUUGGUAUGCCGCCCGAUACGACUGUGGCUGUCGCUACCAGCUCCGGGUGGAGCUUCUUUCCGCAGACUACAUUGUCCUGCAAGAAUUUCAACCCGAAGACGUGGUCAUUGAACCGUGGAGCGAUGCAACAUGGCACGAGGUCUCGCACACGUUUCACGAUUACCCUCGUGGAGUCCGCCAUGUCAUCCUUCACCACGGAGGCAGUGACACCCAGUACUGGGCUGGCUGGUACGGCGUCAGAGUCACCAACAGCAGCAUAACCAUUGAGCCGGAGGUGGCAGAGUGAAAGCUUGUGGUGCCGCGAGGCUUGGCUGGAUUUUUUAGAGAGACAUAUAUACAUAUAUCUAUAAAACCUCCCUUUUCAG